CGCGGCUGAUGGAGGUCUCCGUGGUCUAGGGACUUUUGGACACUUUUUAGGCGGAGGAGCGCGCUCUUUUUUCGGGUGGUGCGGUUGGACUCGUCUCCGGGUCUUGUGGGGGUCACGGGACAGUUUGUUUCCCCGGGCUCGACGCGCUGUGUCCGGCCGCAGGAGCAGCAGAGACACCGGGAGGACGCGCUCAGAGACGCCGGGCUGAGGAGCCUCUUCCCCGGCUGCUGAUGGUUCAUGUCUCCGCUCACGGCCCGAGGUCUCUACUUCCUAUGACAUCAUCACAUCAUGCCUGAGGGAUCACGCCGCAGCCAGAGAAAAGACUCAGCCAGUCGCCGUCCCUCCUCGCUGACUGGCGUGUCUUCAGUGGGGUGCAGGGGCAUGUCCUCUGCAGACCGACUUCAGUCCUGCUCCAGUCCGGGUUUAGUCUUGGUCCAUUCCGGGUCCAGUCCGGGUCUAGUCCUCGUCCAGUCCAGUUCUUCGGUGGACUCAGAGUUGGACCGUUCGGGGUCUCUCAGCUCGUCUGUGUCCUCGGUGUCUCUGCAGGACGCGGCGCACUCCUCCUCCUGUUCCUCCCUUCAAAACGGGUCCGACAUCAGCCUGGAUCUGACCCCCAUCAGCACAGGAAGUGGAGCCAGUGUCACCAUGGUGACGGGGCAGCUGCCAUCCAAUCAGCUGCCUGCGAGGGUGGGUCCUCGACAAAUGUCGCGUUUGGAGCGAGUGGCACUGGAAAUCGUGGAGACGGAGCAGGCGUAUGUGAGGGACCUCAAGAGCAUUGUGGAGGACUACCUCGGCUGCAUUAUCGACUGCGGAGAUGUUCCUCUGAAGCCGGAGCAGGUCAGCGCCCUCUUCUGUAACAUCGAGGACAUAUACGAGUUCAACAGUGAUCUUUUGGAGGACUUGGAGCGCAGCUCAGAUGCCGCCGCCAUUGCAGAAUGUUUCGUGGAACGAAGCGAAGCCUUCGACAUCUACACUCUCUACUGUAUGAACUACCCCAAUUCUGUUGCAGUACUCAGGGACCUGAUGCAGGAUUCGGUUCUGGUCCGGUUCUUCCAGCAGAGACAGUUCAGUCUGAACCACUCCCUGCCUCUGGAAACAUAUCUCCUGAAACCAGUCCAGAGGAUCCUAAAGUACCACCUCCUCCUGCAGGAGCUCUCUAAACACCUGUCGAAGUCGGACCCUGGGUACGAGGUGGUGGAGGACGCCAUCGUUACCAUGACAGCGGUCGCCUGGUACAUCAACGACAUGAAGAGAAAACAGGAGCACGCCGUCCGACUACAGGAGAUCGAGGCUCUGCUGGUGAACUGGUCCGGGCCGGACUUGUCUGGUUUUGGGGAGUUGGUUCUGGAGGGGUCUUUUCGGGUCCACAGGGUCAAAAAGGAGCGAGCUUUCUUCCUCUUCGACCGAAUGCUCCUCAUCGCCAAGAAACGCCUCGAGCACUUCGUCUACAGCACGCACAUCUUUUGUUGUAAUCUGCUGCUGGUGGAAACUGUGAAGGACCCUCUGUGUUUUAAGAUCUCAGACCAGAGCAUCCCCAAACAACAGCACAUCGUGCAGACCAAGAACCAAGAGGAGAAGAGACUGUGGGUCCACUACCUCAAGAGACUGAUCAUAGAGAACCACCCAGCAUCACUGCCCCAGAAGGCUCGACAGGUCCUGGGAGACAACUUCUGCCAAACACCGCAGUUCCACCAGGAGGCACUGAAGUCCUGCUCCUCUCCUAGACUGGAGGAGCUGCACAUCUUCCACAGAGGAAGGAGGCAGUCCGAGCCACAGGAGGCGCUGUCCUUCACCCCAGAGAAGAGCAGGAAGAGUCUUCCUCUGCUGCUGGAGGGAAACCUGCCGCUGCGACGCAGCCGUCGCCAGUCAGCUCCAGCCAAAGACAUCGAGGGAGCGUUUCACACCUUUUCACACAGAGCUGUAAAGUCCUGCACUUCUUGUGUCCAGGCGGCAGAGAGUGAGCCUGACCUUUGCCCUCUGGACUUGGGCAGCUGCAGCACUCUGGCCUCCUCCGUCAUCGAGGUGGAGCCAGAACUCCACCAGGACUUAGACCGAGACCAGAGGUUGGACUCACCAAAUCCAGACCAGAACCAGGACCAGAAGAGUCCGGAUCAGGACGAGGAGCUUGUGACCCCGCCCACUUCCCUGUCAAUCACUGAAGAGAUCCUACAGCUCCUAAACCAGGACCGGGACCAGGACCAGGAGCGGGACCAGGAUCAGGACCAGGACCACAGCCAGGACUGGGACCAGUAUCAGGACCAAGGUCAGGGCCGGAACCAGGAUCAGGACCAGGGCCGGGACCAGGACCAGGACCACAACCGGGACCGGGACCAAGACCAGGAUCUGAAACAAAACCAGGACCAAGACCAUAAUCAAAACCAAGACUGGGGCCAAGAGGAGCAGACGGAGAGCAGACAGGAGUUACAUCUGGACCAAAACAAAAAUGGCAUCUAUCCUCUGUCUCCAAAUGCCCCGCCAGGUAGCCCCAAACCGCUAACCAAAAUGCACCAGGAGGCCCUCUCUACAACUACAGUGGAGCCGGAGACUUUACUCACAAUGCACCAGGAGGAGAAGGAAACUGAGAAGAAUAAUGAGGAGGAGCAAGAUGAUGAACGACACAAAAGUAUCCCCGAAAAUGUGCUUCAAAAUCCCUGUGUGUUUGAGGAACGAGGGUCUGUAGAACAAAGGAACCAAGAGACAGGUUUGGAACGAGCUGGAGAUCAAAACCAGCAAGAAAAAGAACAUUUGGAGGCGAAAACAAAAGUAGAAACGUUACUUAAAGAUGAAGGAAGGUCUGAAGUCCAUGAGCCGUCAAAAGAGCGACCGUACGGCUCCACUCGGCGUAGACGCGACAAAAACAUCAUCCAAAAGAUCAGGAGCUACUAUGAAGCCGCCGCAGAAGCAGAGGAUGACGGAGGGUCUGUGGAGGAUGGAGAGAGCGAUCAAGAGGAGGAGGGAAAGAGUGAGGGAGAGGAAAGAGGAGAGGAGGAGACAGGGAGAAACAGCUGUUCACAAACGAGUAACACUUUGGUCAGAGAUUCUGUGACGAUUCCUGCUGAAAACACAGAAGAUUCUAAAAUGGCCGCCAAAGCAGAGAAUGGAGGAGGCAUGUCACAAAAUGGAGGAGAGGUUUGUGUUGACGUGAGCCGCGAGGAAGAGCGAGUGCAAAAAAAAUGUGAACAAAAGAGGGAUGAAAUCGUGCUUGUGCAAAUGGCUGAACCCAAAAAUGCAAAAAGUUGUAAUUUGGAUGUUUACAAAACAGGCAUCAGAGAAUCAAACCCGAAUGGCGACGAAGAAGAGGAGGAGGUGAAGCACGUGAGCCGGGCCGGGAGAGUUGGACGAUGGUCACGGCAUUCGAGAAUUGUAUCAGCCAAUCGCGCUCUCUUCGAAGGAAUGGCAUCUGACGUAGAGAGGAUCGGACUGUUUGAGGCCAGUCCCGUCGUAGACCUGGUCCUUCUGGAAAACUCAGAAAGGAUUUUAAACAAAGUCCAAACUUUAGCUAGAAUGUACAGCGCCAAAGCCAAUCAUGUUCAAGAACAGCAGCAGAGGAAGGCCUUCAGCCAAUCCUGCGGCUCGGGGGCGGGGCUAAUGGGAGCGGCCAGGGGAACCGGCCAAUCACAGAGCAGGAAAGUGUUAGCAAAUGAGAAGAGGAGUUUCAGAGGAGCAGAGGAGAGUCCGGUCCAGAUCAAGAACCAAACCAGGACUCAACACAGGACUCACCAAAGUCCAGGACCAAGACCAGACUGGACCACAGUCCAAGACCAUGCCGCUGCUGAUCAUGUGACUGUUAGGGAGCUGCUCUCGUCCAAUGGUGUCGAUUCAUCCACAUCACCUGAUGUCGUCUCCACCUCCAGGUCUGAGGGGGGUCUGGGCCCAGGUCCAACACAGGACCAGAGCUCUGUUUUGGGCCAUAGUUCCUCUGACCGCCCCUUGAAGACCUCCACACAUCCACAAGUACAGACGGAAGACAAGACACAGGACUCAAGAUCUGGAUGUGAUCGAGCGAGUGUCAAAGCCAAAACGCUUCAUUCUGGAUCCAGGGGGACACACCCAGGCCUGACCCGGCAGCUGUCCCAGAACCAGGCGCCACAGCUGGGGUACGGGAGCCCCGACGUGCCCCUGUGGGAAGCUGGAGAUCCAACUGCACAAAAGACAGACUUUACAGUGUUAGAGCUGUGCACUCCCAAAACAGAUGACGUGAGCAGGGCAUCUGUUGUUAAUAAGAACAUCCAGGGAGAGGUUAAAAUGGAGCUGCUGAUCCAAUUCCCACAUGAAAAAGUCAACAAACAACAUAGUGAUGAUGCCAUGGCUGAAGAAGCUACAGCCAAACAAGGAAAUGUUAGUCUAGAGAACCAGACAUCCACAGUGACGCACCCAGGGUCCCGACAAGAGCCUGAGAAUAAAGCACCUUGCCUGGGACACAAAAGCAGAGACACCCCCCUGAGUCAGAGGGGUCCGGCUAAAGAGCAGCUGACGGCAGAGUCUACCCAGAAACAAGCACCUUUUCUGGGGUACAAAAGCAGAGAGAGCCCCUCAAUUAUUGGAGCUCAACUGAAGGAGCAACGAAAUACCUCCACGAUCGCACACCCAGGGUUUACAGAAACACAAGCCCGUAAGGAAGAAUCAAAUGUGGGGCACCAAAGCCGAGACAUCCCCCUGUCCAGUCCCGGAGGUCCGACUGUAUUUGAGUCGAAUCUUCCAUCUCCACUGCCCUCCUCAAACAGUGCCACCACGGGGAAUAGAGUCAGAGGGUCGUCAUUUCAAAGCCCUGUUUGGCCCAAGGACUCUCUUCCCACGUUCACCAACCAGAGACCGUCCGACCUGCCAAGAGCCACGUCCAGCUACAGCCGCCCCCUCGCCGACGAGAGCAGGGAGCAGAGACCGAGCGGACCCUCCCCACGGCCCUCCUCCCGCCCAGGUUUGGAGUCUCCUGCUCUGGCUGCUCUGCUCCCGAGUCCUGGCCUGAGCUCCACCUCUGCCUUUAAACCCAACAUCCAUCAGCGCCCGCCGUCUCCGGUCUACUCUCCGCCUGAAAACCACAUCUAUCAAGACCUGAGACCAUCAAACCCUGCGUUAAGAUCCACCAAACCAACCCCCUCCUCUGUGUUCACGCGCUCGCUAGCUGCAUCCUGUAUUAGCCAGUCCAUAAGUCAGUCCAUGUCCAAAAAGACUUUGGAUAAUUCUACUCUCCCUUCCACUUAUCUCCUGCGACAGCGUUCCCCAUCGCCAAAACGCUUUACGGAAUCCAACCAACAACCCAAAUCUUUCCUUUGGUCGCCCCAAUCUUCAGCAAACCAUCCUCCACGCCAAAAUGCUACGUCUGCAUAUGCCCACGCUAAUGCUAACAACAACAACAACAUGGCAAGUGCCUAUUGCAGCCCGCAUGGAGCUAACUGGGUGGCUAACGGUAGCGAUAACGUCGAGCUAACCCAUGAAUAUUCUUGGUGUAACUUUCAUAACCGCGUGGCACAGCCGUUUUGUACAUCUGAGCCCAAUUCAAGGGUCCCGUCGCCAACGCCCUUUCCCCAUUCGGCUCCACAGCACGAUCUGAAUUCACCGUUGGCAAACAAGCCGCCCAAUCCCCGUCGCCCGGGAAGCACCAACAAUCCUUUGGGCCUGACGCUGGAUAUAAACAGAGCGUCGUCAAUGAAUUCGAGUUUGAGCCCGCGGAUCAUGUCCCCUCCUCCUGUUGGUGCCUCAGGGAACUCUUGGACCAAUCACAUCACGGCGCCACAACCACGAAACUCGAGCUUCUCCCUGUGUCCGUCCCCAACUUCAGCAUAUACCAGUUCUUUACGAAAUUCCCGAUCCUCCUCGCCAUCACCGCCCUUUUCCCCAUCAUCCCAGUCCAGUUUGCGACGCUCCCACUCGACCACAUUAGCUGACAGACCCCCGAGUCCCGCCAGGAGCAACCCCAGCGGAGUGCGCCGAUCCUGGGUAGAAACCAGCCGGAGGUCCCUCACCUUCAACGGACCCUUCAACCAAUCCGAGUCCAGCUUCCACACACUCCAAAGUGGCUACUCCUCGCCUGCGCUGGCCUGUCUGAGCCCCAGGACCACCCUCCAGUCGCCUGGGUCCCCCAGCAGGUUCAACCCGGGAAGGAGCCCAUUUUCUGGGCAGCAGUUCGCCGGCGUGCCCUGGUCCGAUGAGAUCUCCCGGAGCUUCGGUGACUUUAGCUCCGCUCGGCCUGAGGUCCCAGACUGGGGCCAUUCUCAGGUCGAAGACGGGACCUGUCGUAGCCAGAUCAUUUGUGCUUACGUAGCACGCUCCUCACCUGUGCCCCCAGCCCCGCCCUCACCCGUCAAACCGGCCAAUCAGAAGAUGAGCUACGCCACCACGGUGAACCUGCAGAUCGCAGGCAGUGGGAGGAUCAAGUCGUUUAGCACGGCGCAGGUUAGCUUAACGCAGACGCUGCAGCACGGCACGCAGCCACAGGGGGCGCUAGCGAGGAGGGUCAGUGUGCACGGAGCACCACAGUGACAAGAGAAGAACUUAAAGAACGACUGAGGAACUUUACAAAGAACGAUGUUGUUUCCAAGAGAUGCCAUUUUUAUUAUUUUUUAUUAUUAAAAUUAUUAUUAUUGAACAAUGAACAAAAUUAAAAUUAAAAUAUAGACCAGGACUAAACCAGGACUAGAACAGGACUAAACCAGGACUAGACCAGGACUAAACCAGGACUAGACCAGGACUAAAUUGGGACUAGAUCAGGACUAAAUGUGAUUUUGAAUAUUUAAUGGUUCAGACAGAAAAUGGAAAUGUUCUUUUGGUAAUAAUAUUCCACAGUAUGGCAUUAAAUAUAUCUAUCUCCAUGAAGAAUGUUCUGAAGUAUGGCUUUAAAGUUACUUAUAGUCAAAUAUCUAAAUCCAGCGUGUUGAGUUUCAGCCAAACUUUGGACACUUUUCACUUCAGCUCCUUGUGUUUUUAUUUACUCGGCAUCGUCUCGCAGCAUCAUGGCUCGUUUACGACUUUCAUGUGUCAUAAAUUCUACAGUUUUAUCUGGACUCCCGCGUCGCUGGGUCCAUUCAGACCUGACGUUUGUUGAAUCAUCACCAUGACGACUCCCAACAUCUGUGUUUGUGAUGAAACUGUUGGCGAUGUCCAAAGAUGAUGAUGAGUAAUUUUGUCCCGGGUUUGAUCCAAGAUGGCCGACUUCCUGUUCGUGCUCGGGCCCCAAAAACUCCAAACCUGUUUUAGAUUUAUAACAAUAUGACCCAUGACCCUUUGAUCACUACCGUGACUUUUGGCCUGAACCCUGAAGCGGCUGAAAGAGAAACCUUCUCAGGGACUUAAGGACAAGGUUUGGAGCUGUCCACAAAGGGACGACGUGACGUCUUCAGCGAGUAAAUAAAAAAUAAAAUAUAUAAACAUCAAGAGAACAGCCCUGAGGAGCCGUGUCCAAACGUCUGUCCAAACAUCUGACCGGUCCAGAGUUUUUGACUCAAAUCCAAUCUCAGAGUCAGAGUCACAAAGUCUCAGAGAGUCUCAGAGUCACAGACACAGAGUCACAGAGUCAGAGUUUGAUUCAGAGUCACAGAGUCAGAGUCACAGAGUCAGAGUUUGAUUCAGAGUCACAGAGUCAGAGUCACAAAGUCUCAGAGAGUCACAGAGUCAGAGUCACAGAGUCAGAGUCACAAAGUCUCAGAGAGUCACAGAGUCAGGGUCACAGACACAGAGUCAGAGUCACAGAGUCAGAGUCAGAGUCUCAGAGUCACAGAGUCAGAGUCACAGAGUCAGAGUCACAAAGUCAGAGUCACAAAGUCUCAGAGAGUCACAGAGUCAGGGUCACAGAGUCAGAGUCUCAGAGUCACAGAGUCAGAGUCUCAGAGUCAGGGUCACAGACACAGAGUCACAGUCACAGAGUCACAGACACAGAGUCACAGUCACAGAGUCAGAGUCUCAGACUCAGAGUCACAG